AUGAAAUACCAGACUGUUGCUGCUGUUUAUAGCUUGAGUGGGAGCACUCUGUUGAUUAUGCUAUUGAAGCCUUUUGUGAACUGUGAAUAUAAAAAGUGCCAAUUCCUGAGUGCUCAGAAGGAACUAGCAGCAAAUGGCCAAUUUUGUGGCAAAGCAUUAUGGAUGCCUCUCCAUCAAGGAAGUCAGAGAGUAGACAAGAUAUUGGAAGUAAACCUCUCUAAUGUCCAUCUGGAGUUCCGAGACUACGUCCGAAGUACCGAGGUACUUGUCCGAUGCGACCAAAAGUUGUCUGAAGCAGCGAAAGUGUUGUCUGAAGUAGCGCGAUGCCUUCCAAGGUUUGCGAGAGCUGUCUGA